AUGACUACAACACACCUGUAGUGAUGAGAAAAUGGCGAUGGAAUGUUUGUGAACUGGAAAUGUUUAGGAACAACUUUCUCGGCGUUUUGGCGUGAUUAGGACGGAGGAAUCUUAGCGAAGCACCCGUACAAGAAAUGGCGGAGGUUCAUGUGAUAGGGCAGAUUGUCGGGGCGAGCGGCUUCCCUGAACACAGCCUCUUCUGCAAGUGGGGAGUACAUGCAGGAGGAGCCUGGAAGAUCCUGUCAGGAACCAGAGAAGGUCAGACCCAGGUGGAUAACCCGCAGGAUGAGGAGCGUGCCAACUGGUCCCACCCCAUCGAUAUCCACUUCUCUACUAAAGGUCUACAGGGCUGGCCCAAGCUCCAUUUCCAGGUGUGGCACCAGGACUCGUACGGCAGGAACGAGCUGUACGGGUACGGCUUCUGUCACGUCCCCACGUCGCCUGGCAUGCACAACAUGGAGUGUGUCACAUGGAGACCGUCAGGCUCGCUCAGGGAACAGAUAUCACAGUACUUCAUAGGUGGCGGUCCGCAGCUGAAGAAUCCAGAUGUUGUUUACACAGGUGCAGACAGGUACAAGCUCACCACAGUCACCAUGGGCAAGGUGCAGCUGCAGCUGGGCAUUAUUCUCAGAAACUUUGACAAAUAUGGUAUAGAAUGCUGACAGCAAUUUUGUAUUUUAGCUUUCUGUACAAAUUUUCAAAUAUUGCCUGUUUAAGAUAGAGUCGCUGAUGUGGGCACACUUUUGUGCACCCAAAAUUGGAGCUGUGCACCAAAAUUUUUACUUUGGUUGCACUUUGAUAUUUGUGUAAAGUUGCAUUGUCUGUAUUAAAAGAUAAUUUUACACUUAAUAUACAGCAUAUUCUUGAUAUCUGAAUGUAAAAAAAUCCUUUGUAAGAUUUUGAAGUUAGCUAUUGAGUGUAAGAGAGGCAGUGAGGUUUAUAUUAUGCUGACAUUAAUUUGUUGUGCACAUAUUUUAGGUCAAGCGCCCCAAUAAGCCCCAAUUUUGAACCCUGACACUAAUAUACCAGUGGCUUAUGAUUGGAGAGUUUGUGUUUUGUUACAGUACAUAAUAGUAUGUACAUGUACAAUAUAUGUGUGCUAUAGUUAAGAACUUAACUGCAAUCUUUUUAAGUUAUAGAUACAUAAACUUAAGUUGGUAACAGGUUUCAACACAUUUAUUGCACAUUUAUUUUCAAACUGUACAAUAAAAGAAAAU